AUUUACUUCACCUAAUUUCCCUGCUUACUACGGUGCCAAUGAAUAUUGCAUUUAUACAAUAAGACGACCGAAUAUUGAAGUAUGCGUUGUCGAACUUGAAUUUAAAGUGUUUGAUGUAGAAUACGGCGGAUCAGUUUGUUCACGCGAUCAUUUAGAACUUCCUGAUAAAACUCGAUUAUGCGGAAGAAUUUCUGGAACAAGGCAAAUAAAAUAUGAAGGAGCAGAAAAGAGUCUAAUAUUAAGAUUUUCCAGUAAUGCUUAUAGUUCUGGAAGAGGUUUUGAUAUUCGUGUGUUGCAGAAACCAAAUUCAUGUCCAACUAGCCCAAAAGAUUGUAGUUAUGAAAUUCGAGGCCCUUAUGGUAGAAUGACAUCGCCUGGUUUUCCCAGAAGAUAUGGCCCUUCUCUUAGAUGCAGAUACACAAUACACAGGCCAGAUUAUUCUACUUGUAAAGUACAACUGUUAUUUCGUGUUUUUGACGUAUCUUAUAGCAUCAACUGUGUUCAAGAUUAUUUAGAAUUACCUGAUCGUUCUAGAGUAUGCGGUUCUUACAUUCAGACAAAAACAAUAGAAUAUCCUGACGAACAUACUCAGACUCUUGUUAUGUAUUUCAUCACUAAUAGAGCUGGUAGUGGAAGAGGCUUUGACAUAGAUAUUCGACAGUUAGCAAAUUCUUGCAAGAAACCUCCUCAUCCGUCAUCGUGCGACCAAGCAAUAAAAUCCGAAACUGAGAUAAUUACUUCGCCGGGUUAUCCAGCCGAUUAUCCGAGAAAUGUUAAAUGUUCUUACAAGAUCCAUAGUUUCUCUUUAACAACGU